AUGGGAGACUGGUCAAUUCUGAGUCGCUUUUUAGUGGAGGUUCAAAACCACUCCACUGUGAUCGGGAAGAUCUGGCUGACGAUGUUGUUGAUCUUUCGAAUCCUGCUGGUGACUCUAGUAGGAGAUGCAGUGUACAGUGAUGAGCAAUCCAAGUUCAUCUGCAACACACUCCAGCCGGGCUGCAACAAUGUCUGCUACGACACAUUUGCACCAGUCUCACAUCUGCGCUUCUGGGUCUUUCAAAUUGUCCUGGUCUCUACACCAUCCAUCUUCUAUAUCAUCUAUGCCCUCCACAAAAUCACUAAAGAUGAAAAAGUUCGGACAGACCAAGCCCAGGCGCUGCUUCACCGCCCACAUGUUCAGUAUAUUAGGAAGUCGGGUGGAGAAAGUAACGUUUAUUUAGGAGGUGAGCCAUCAAAUUGGCCACAAGAUGAGGAAAGUCCCAGUGAGGAGGAGUGUGUAGAGCAGAGCCUCCUUCAGGAUGACUACAAAGAGGUUGGCAAGGAUCCUACUGAAUAUUCGGGGAAGAUUUUGUUGAUCUACAUCAUCCAUGUGGUUUUUCGAUCCAUUCUGGAGAUAAUGUUUCUGGCAGGCCAAUACUACAUGUUCGGAUUUAAGGUGCCAUUUUUGUUUCGCUGCAAAGCAUACCCAUGCCCGACUCAAACUGACUGCUUUGUGUCACGAGCUACGGAGAAGACUAUAUUCCUAAACUUUAUGUUUAGCACAAGUUUGGGCUGCUUUCUCCUUAACAUUGCUGAGCUUCACUAUUUAGGCUGGGUCUAUAUCUUUCGUGUAUUAUAUACAGCAUGUUUCCGGUGCUGUAAACCCAAAAGGAAACUACAUGUUUCCCACAGUCCUUUGCAGCUUAGGCUCAGACACUCAAUGCGAGGCAGGCUGGUCCUGCAGUCUUCUUCAGCCACUCUGUCACAUGAGAAGACAGCCACUGCCUUGCUCUCACAUGGACCAUCCAUUUCUUUUGAGACAGAUUCAACACUAGAUUGCACCUCAAAGACAAACCCAGAAGAAAGAAAAUGUACAGGAAUACAAUUUGUAAAUAUGGCUAAUUUGAGCAGCAGAAAGUCUUGGUUAUAA